GAAGUCCUCCUCGCAGCUGCCACUCAGCACAGAAAACGUCAGGAGGAAUUGGCGGUGCUGGAUUUCAAUCCCUUCUUGGGCUCCGAGGUGGUUAUUUUUAGCUCAGCAUAUCCAGGAGCUUUGCAGAACCAGAUUCAGCGGCUACCAGAACUGUGGCACAAGAAGGCCUUGCUAUGUACAGUUGUAUUCCUGGUUGUCCUCUGGCUGCUGCCUCUAUUCCUGUCUCUUGGGCAUCCCCAAAGCAUUGCUAUGUUGGGCUGUUAUGGAUCCCAGGAAGAUGCCCCCCAAAAAGGGAGGUGAUGGAAUUAAACCACACCCAAUCAUUGGAAGAUUUGGGACAUCCUUGAAAAUUGGCAUUGUUGGUUUGCCAAACGUUGGGAAAUCUACAUUUUUCAAUGUAUUAACCAAGAGCCAAGCUGCAGCAGAAAACUUUCCCUUCUGCACUAUUGAUCCAAAUGAGAGCCGAGUGCCUGUGCCAGAUGAUCGAUAUGAAUUUCUUUGCCAGUACCAUAAGCCUCCAAGCAAAAUUCCAGCCUUUCUGAAUGUGGUGGAUAUUGCUGGACUUGUGAAAGGAGCCCAUGCUGGACAGGGACUAGGAAAUGCCUUUUUGUCGCAUAUUAGCGCCUGUGACGGAAUAUUUCAUCUACUUCGAUCGUUUGAUGAUGAUGAUAUCACACACAUUGAAGGAAGCGUGGAGCCGGUUCGUGACAUUGAAAUAAUACAUGAAGAACUUAGACUAAAAGAUGAGGAAAUGAUCAUGCCCAUUAUAGACAAAUUAGAAAAAGUGGCUGUACGAGGCGGUGACAAGAAAUUAAAACCUGAAUAUGACAUAAUGUGCAAAAUCAAAAGCUGGGUAAUAGAUGAAAAAAAGCCAGUCCGUUUCUAUCAUGAUUGGAAUGAUAAAGAGAUUGAAGUGCUCAACAAAUAUUUGUUUUUAACUUCUAAACCAAUGAUCUAUUUGAUUAACCUCUCCGAAAAAGAUUACAUGAGAAAGAAAAACAAAUGGUUGAUAAAAAUUAAAGAGUGGGUGGACAAGCAAGACCCAGGUGCCUUGGUCAUUCCUUUUAGUGGGGCCUUGGAACUCAAGUUGCAAGAAAUGAGUGCUGAAGAGAAGCAGAAGUAUCUGGAAGAGAACAUGACACAAAGCGCUUUACCAAAGAUCAUUAAGGCUGGCUAUGCAGCACUCCAGCUAGAAUACUUUUUCACUGCAGGCCCUGACGAAGUGCGUGCUUGGACCAUCAGGAAAGGGACCAAGGCUCCUCAGGCAGCUGGAAAGAUUCACACUGAUUUUGAAAAGGGAUUCAUUAUGGCUGAAGUAAUGAAAUUUGAAGAUUUUAAAGAAGGAGGCUCAGAAGUGGCUGUCAAGGCUGCUGGAAAAUACAGACAACAAGGCCGAAAUUACGUCGUUGAAGAUGGAGAUAUUAUCUUCUUUAAGUUUAACACACCUCAGCAGCCGAAGAAAAAAUAACUAUUCAAUCUGUUCAUUAUUCAGAAUUAAAUUCUAUUACUUAAAAAAAA